AAGCCAAACUUGGAACAAGUCCCGUUCAACGCGCAACUUGGGAUUUGUAGCAUUUUCAAACACCAUGAACUUGGGCAAGAAAGAUGAAGACUCGGAUGCAGGCCUCUUCUUCCACAUUGACAAGAGUACGGUCCUGCAAGAAGCACGCGCAUUCAACGAAACUCCCAUCAAUCCUCGGAAAUGCCGCCUCAUAUUGACCAAGAUUGUGUAUCUGCUCUACCAGUCCGAGGUGUUUCACACCCAAGAAGCGACCGAAACAUUCUUCUCCAUCACAAAGCUCUUUCAAUCUCAAGAUACCCCACUUCGGCAAAUGGUCUACCUUCUCAUCAAAGAACUAUCGACGGUGGCCGAGGAUGUCAUCAUGGUGACCUCAAGUCUGAUGCGUGAUAUGAAUGCAAAGUCGGACGUUAUCUACCGAGCGAAUGCUAUUCGAGCGUUGGCAAAGAUUACCGAUAGCUCCAUGCUGCAAGCGAUCGAGCGAUUCAUAAAGCAGGCAAUUGUGGACAAAAAUCCCAGUGUCUCUAGCGCAGCUCUCGUUUCCUCCCUUCAUCUUUUUGGCGCGAAUAAGGAUGUUGUGAGACGGUGGGCUAACGAGGUCCAGGAAUCCAUCAACAGCAAAGGUCCUAUUACACAGUACCAUGCAUUAGGUUUAAUGUACCAGAUUCGGCAACAUGAUCGAAUGGCCGUCAUUAAAUUGGUGCAGAACUACUCCCGCGGAUCCUUGCGCUCACCUUUAGCGUACUGCAUGUUGAUUCGAUAUGCGUGUAAGAUUAUGGAGGACGAAGAACCAGGGUCACGCUCUCUGUACGAUUUACUGGAAGGCUGGUUGCGGCACAAGCACGAUAUGGUCGUAUAUGAGGCAGCACGCGCAAUUUGCGACUUGCGGGAUGUCACAAGUAAAGAAUUGUUCCCCGCAGUUUCCGCUCUGCAGCUCAUGCUCGUGAAUCACAAGCCCACCCUCCGCUUCGCGGCCAUCCGGACCCUAAGCAAACUAGCAAUGACACAUCCUGCCGCAGUAUUCCCAUGCAACCUGGACAUGGAGAAUCUGAUAACGGAUCCUAAUAGAAGCAUCGCCACAUUCGCCAUCACUACCCUCCUAAAGACCGGUAACGAAGCCAGCGUAGAUCGUCUGAUGAAGCAAAUCACCGGUUUUAUGAAUGAGAUAUCUGACGAGUUCAAAAUCAUCGUUAUUGAUGCGAUCCGGUCUCUCUGCCUCAAAUUUCCGGCGAAGCAAUCGUUGAUGCUGAACUUCCUAUCGAAUGUGCUGAGAGAUGAGGGUGGAUACGAAUACAAGAGAGCGAUUGUAGACGCCAUUUUGGAUAUUAUUUAUCAUAUCCCUGAGUCCAAGGAGUUUGCACUAUCCCACCUAUGCGAGUUCAUCGAAGAUUGCGAGUUCAAUAAGUUAGCUGUUCGCAUACUGCACUUGCUUGGAAGGGAAGGGCCCAAGACAUCAAAACCGUCAAAGUACAUCCGAUAUAUUUACAAUCGGGUUAUUCUUGAAAACGCCACAGUCCGUGCGGCUGCAGUGAGUGCUUUGGCGCGGUUUGCGGUCCAUCUCCCCGAGCUACGAGACCGUGUUAAGGUUCUUCUGACCAGAUGCUUGGACGAUAAUGAGGAUGAAGUAAGAGAUCGUGCAGUGAUGUAUCUACGCAUCAUCGAUGACGAGGAUCUUUGCAAGCGUUACAUUGCAGAUGAAACCACAUAUAGCUGGCCCUCUCUCGAACGGAAACUCGUCGAAUACGUGAACGAUGAGGCCGCUCAUUCUUCGGCCUUUGAUAUCAGUACCACACCUGUGAUCACGGCUGCGCAAGAGAGGGCGGAACGAGCUCGGGUCGCGACGGCCGCUGCAGAACUAGCAGUUCCCACUUUGCGAAGCACUCAGGGUGGGCCGACACCGAGUGCACCUUCAAGCACUCCUGCCGCACGGGGAGCUGUGCCCUCAGCGGCGGGUGACGCACAGGCUGGAUAUGCGGCUGCCAUGGAGAAGAUCCCAGAGCUGGCUGGGUUGGGGUCGCUUUUCAAGUCGUCAAAACCUGUCGAGUUGACAGAAUCAGAAACUGAGUACGUCGUCUCAUGCGUGAAGCAUGUCUUCUCAGAGCACUUGGUUUUCCAGUUUGACUGCCGCAACACAUUGAACGACUCUCUUUUGGAAAAUGUCAAUGUCGUGAUGAAAUUGGAGACCUCUGAGGACGAUGACGCGACAGCGUUGGUGCAAGAUAAGGCUAUACCCAUCCAAAGACUCAUCUAUGACAUCCCGGGAACAGCAUACGUUGUGUACAGCCGGCCUGGCGGGGUGUGUCCGACGGCAACCUUUUCAAAUGCGUUACGUUUUAUUGUCAAAGACUGCGAUCCUAGCACGGGCGAACCUGAUUCGGAAGAAGGCUACGAGGAUGAAUAUUUGUUGGAAGAUUUGGAUCUGGUAACGGCAGACUACAUGCUCCCGUCGUACAUCGUCGACUUUAAGCGAACGUGGGAGGAACUCGGGGAGGCCACCGAGGUUACAGAGACGUACGCCCUGACCAAUGUAGCUAGCAUUAAAGCUGCGGUACAAAAUUUGCUUCAACUUCUCGGCAUGCAUCCAUGCGACGGAAGCGAUAUGGUCAAGGACAAAGCCACAACGCACACGCUCUUAUUGAGCGGAGUGUAUGUUGGUGGGACAAAAGUGGUUUGCCGGUGUCGAAUGGUACUUGGUGACGACGGCGUGACGCUGGAGGUCACAGCUAGAAGCCCUGAUCAGGACGUUGGGCGGAGGGUUGUGGAUGCUGUUUGCUAGACUAAAAGCAGAAACAUAAUACUGCUUCCUAUAAUGCACGUUGCAAUAUUGUUGUGGGCUAUGAUGUUGGGUGAAUUCAUGCUUACGUGAAGAUAUGCAAAGCCA